AUGACUAUUAAGGAUGGCCUGUCGUCAUCCUUUGUGGAGACCAUAGCAGGAUUUACAGCGGGAAUAGUCUCUACGCUCUGCCUCCAUCCGCUAGAUUUAUUAAAGACAAGGCUACAGGUCGACCGAUCCUCGCCUUCUCAACUUGGUGGAUCGCUCCGUAUCAUCCGUGAAAUUUCACGCCGUGAGGGCGGCAUCACCGCAUUCUACCGAGGGUUAACACCCAACAUCAUCGGGAAUUCCACCAGCUGGGCGCUGUACUUCCUUUGCUAUGGAAAGACGAAAGAUCUGAUGCGGAGGCUCCGCGGCUCCCGAGUGCCGGAGCUCACCUCGACUGACUACUUUGUUGCAUCAGGACUGGCAGGACUUGCAACCUCAGUUUUGACGAAUCCUAUAUGGGUGAUCAAAACCCGCAUGUUAUCCACCGGUUCCAACACUCCCGGAGCCUAUGCGUCUUUCACCACCGGCGUAGCACAGAUCUAUCGCUCAGAGGGUAUCCCUGGCUUCUACCGGGGCCUUUUGCCCGCUUUAUUCGGAGUCAGUCAUGGAGCUCUUCAGUUCAUGGCGUAUGAGAAGUUGAAAGCGUAUCGUACAAGGAUGAGGUCGGCUUCGCGUACCAGUGGCGAUAGCAUAGGGGCGACACCGGCACGACAAUUGGGGAAUUUCGAUUUCUUUCUCACCUCAAGCCUUUCAAAGAUCUUCGCAGGCUGUGUCACUUAUCCAUAUCAAGUGCUGAGAUCUCGUCUGCAGACAUAUGAAGCUCACCUUGUGUAUCGUGGUGUUCGUGAUGCAGUGGCGCAGAUUUGGGCUCAAGAGGGCUUUGCUGGUUUCUACAAGGGCUUGGGCCCGAACCUCCUGCGCGUGCUACCAAGCACAUGGGUAACCUUUCUGGUGUAUGAGAAUACCAAGUCUUGCCUAGUUUAA